CGGGCUGCCCUCGCCCCUGCGCGCGCGGUCCUCCUCUCUCCCGCGCUGGCGGCCGAGAUCUGCGCGCCGCCUCGCUCACUCCUCUCCCUCUCGCUCUCUCCCUCUCUCUCCCUCUUUCUCUCUCUCCCCUCUUCCCCUCUCUCGCCUCUCCGUGUCUCUGGCUCUCCGCCUGGCUCCCUCGGGUCUGUUUUUCUCUCCUGCCGCCUCUCCCUGGCCGUUCCCUGGCUUUAUUUCUCGCGCGCUUGGGGUCUCUCCCCCUCUCCGUCUCUAGAUCUCUUGGGUUGUGGGGGGUGGGUGUUCUCCGAAAAUCGCAGCGGUGACGGCGGCUCCUAAGCCGCUCCAGGCGCCUGUUCCGGGGCGGGGGGGGGGGGGAAGCCCGGCCGGGAGGGAGGUGGGGGGGGAGAGGAGGGGGGAGCCUUAGUCAUUUCCCCGCUCCAGCCUGCGCCCGCCCGAGCGCGCACUCACCGCCGCUCUCCCUCCUCGCUCCGCAGCCGCGGCCCAUGGAGCCCGCCGGCCCGGCCCCCGGCCGCCUCGGGCCGCUGCUCUGCCUGCUGCUGGCCGCGUCCUGCGCCUGGACAGGUGUGGCCGGUGAGGUGAGUCUGCAGGUGAUCCAGCCUGACAAGUCAGUGUCUGUCGCAGCCGGACAGACAGCCACUCUGCGCUGCACUGUGACCUCCCUGCUCCCCACAGGACCGGUUCAGUGGUUCAGGGGGACAGGGCCAGGCCGGGAGUCAAUCUUCAGUUUCAAAGGGGGCCACUUCCCCCGAGUAACAAAUGCUUCAGACACCACAAGGAGAAACAACACGGACUUUUCCAUCCGCAUCAGUAACAUCACCCCAGCGGACACCGGAACCUACUACUGUGUGAAGUUCCAGAAAGGGACCCCUGAUGUGGAGUUUAAGUCUGGACCAGGCACCCAGGUCACUGUGAGCGCCAAACCCUCUCCCCCCGUGGUGUCCGGCCCCACAGCCAGGGCCUCGCCGGAGCAGACAGUGAACUUCACCUGCAAGUCCCACGGCUUCUCCCCCAGAAACAUCACCCUGAGAUGGUUCAGAAACGGGAAUGAACUGGCAGCCUCCCAGACCAGCGUGGACCCAGAGGGAAACAGAACGUCCUACAGCAUCUCCAGCACAACCAGGCUGGUGCUGGCCCCGGGGGACGUUCGCUCCCAGGUCAUCUGCGAGGUGACCCACGUGACCCUGCAGGGGGGCCCUCCUCUUCGUGGGACUGCCAACCUGUCUGAGGUCCUCCGAGUUCCACCCACCGUGGAGGUUUCCCAGCAGCCCCUGUCAGGGGACCAGGUGAAGGUCACUUGCCAAGUGAAGAAGUUCUACCCCCAGCGCCUCCAGCUGACCUGGUUGGAGAAUGGCAACGUGUCCCGAACAGAAACGGCCUCAAGGCCCUCAAACCUUGUAGAGAACAAGGAUGGGACCUUUAACUGGACGAGCUGGCUCCUGGUGAACUCAUCCGUGCACAGGGAAGACGUGGUGUUCACCUGCCUGGUGCAGCACGACGGGCAGCCCGCGGUCACCAGAAACCAUACCCUCGUGGCUUCAGCCCACCAGAAGGACCAGGAAACCCAAAAAACCCAGGACAAUAAUGACAGCCGGAGCAUCUUCAUUGUGGUGGGCGUGGUUUGUGCCUUGCUGGUGGCUCUGCUGAUCGCAGCCCUCUACCUCCUCCGGAUCCGACAGAAGAAAGCCAAGGGCUCCACUUCUUCUACAAGGUUGCAUGAGCCCGAGAAGAACACCAGAGAAAUAACCCAGAUCCAGGACAACAAUGACAUCACCUAUGCAGACUUGAACCUGCCCAAGGGGAAGAAGCCUGCUCCUCGGGCCGCCGAGCCCAACAACCACACAGAGUAUGCCAGCAUUCAGACCGGCCCACCGCCUGCGCCUGAGGACAACCUCACCUACGCGGACCUGGACAUGGUCCACCUCAACCGGGCCCCCAAGCAGCCAGCCCCCAAGCCCGAGCCGUCCUACUCGGAGUACGCCAGCGUCCAGGUCCAGAGGAAGUGAAUGGGACCAUGGUCGUCUCUAGGGUCUGUCCUCGCGAGCCUUCCUGUCCCAUGUGGGACAGCUGUGAUGGGGACAGCCAGCCCAGUUCCCAGAGGGCCAGGAUGGCACAGGCCCCGGGACCCCAGGAUGAGGCUGGUUCUUGUUUCCCCGACCCACUUGGCUCUCCAGCAUUUCCAGGGCAGCCACCGUCCUCCCAACAUCACCACACAUGGAGGCCGAUGGUGCCGGGCCAGCCGGGGGACCGAUCUGGGAACUAGCCAGAGCCGCCAGGCAUCCAGGAACCCUCAUGCUUAUCUCCAACGACAUGUGGGUCUUGGUCAUGGUCUUGGAGACCCUGACUAACCCCCUUGAUGUUCUGCAGCCUGAUCUUCCAGGGUGAGGAGGAGAAAACCGCACCUCCUUUCACCACCACCCAUCUGGGGCUUGGGGAAAAUGUUCCCUUUAGAUCAAACCACCCCAUCCAUGGAGAAGCUGGGGGGAAAAAAAAAGAAACCUCUGGGACCCGCAUCCCAAGACUUGGUGAGAUUGCUGCCAACGUCCUAGCCUCCCCAUCACUGGACUGAUGGAGGCAGAGGCCCUGGGGGAGGGGAGGACCCUCCAAGGAACUCCCAUGCAACCACCACCACCACCAAGGACUGCGUAACAAAACCCUUCUCCUCCUGGUGGCCCUCCGAGACUCCUUGAGGACCCAUCAUCCCAGCCGUGACGCAACACGUGGCCCCUCCUCUCCUUUCUAGACCUGAGCUUGCUUCCUCCAGCUAGCACUAACUCAGCAACAUCUCGCUGUGGACGCCUGUAAAUUAUUGAGAAAUGUGAAAUGUGCAAUCUUGAAACUGAGGUGUUAGAAAAUUUGAUCUGUGGUGUUCCGUUUUGUUUUUUUUCUUAAAACGACAGCAACGUUAUCUUGGCUCUUUGUCAUGUGUUGAAGUCCCCUGUUGGGUCUCGUGUGAUCUAAGGUUUACCGCUUGGUGGUCCUGGAGGGAUCCUCUUACAGCAGAAACCGAGUUCCUGCACGACCCAGGCCCCGAGGAUGGGGAGGAAGGUUGUGGUGUGGCUGCUCCGUGGAGACGCUUAGCCUUCACUCUCCAGGACGAAAGUGGCCGUGCUCUCAGCCGAGCCACGUGGCCGGUACUGCUGCCUUCCGUGCCCCCAGUGUGCUAAGCCCAAACCUGCCCAGUAAUUCUCCAGGCUUUGUCCUUCACAGGGCGAGAGGGAGAGAGGAAAGAUGCCUACCCCACCCCCACUCCCUGCCAUCCCACAGGCACUGGAUGCCAUGCAGGGGAGGGAAGCUAUGCCUGGCUACCUCCCCACCCGUUAGUGACUGCCCCCUUUUCCAGCUCUCUGAGCUGACCCCUGCUAGCGGAAUCUUCUAUUUCUGCUCUCAAACGCUUUCAGGAUCAAACUGGAAUAAAUCCAAGACAGCCAGGAGGUUGGGCAGAGGCUGUGACUUAUUACCCCUGACCCCCCCCAACCCUUCCAGUGGGGAGUGGGGGCCUGGCUAAGCCCAGGGCCAGCACGUAUGGCAAUCCCUGUUUAUUCAGUCUUCACAUAUAAGCGACCGACUCUGCGAGCUGAGAGGUUCCUCUUUCCUGUACCCCUGGGUCCAGCCACUCGAUGCCCCAGGGGUCCCAGGCAUCGGAACAAGAAGCUGAGGCACCUUGCCCAUCAGCAGGUCCCACACGUGGAACACAGGGAGCUCAGUUCGGACCCAGUUCUCUGGGGACAGUGAUUUGGCGCUUUACGUGGCGGCAUCCAGGAAUCGGCUGAGCCAGCAGGCCACGUGGGCAGUUUUGGCCCUAUGAGCCGAAGUUUCUCUGCGGCAUCUGGGAGCACAGUGGCCCAGCCACCUGGAUCGGGCCGCUUCCAAAUUCCGAAAGGUUGGCUUGUAAACCUUAGUCUCCCUCGCUUCUGCCCAGAGAAGACACAUGUGUUGAGCGUGCGCACGUGUGCACACACACACAUGCACACAGAAUCUUAAGAGAAUGUUUUCUUGGUGCCAUUUUCAUUUUAUUUUAUUUUGAAUUUUGGAAGGGGAGUAAGGGAAUGAGGCCAAGAAAGUUGUGCGGCUUUAGCUCCGGCCUGGCAGCCUGGAGAUUCCCGUACCUUGUGUAUUGAACCCCAGGAAAAGGAAGAGGUCGAAACAACACUGCAGAAGGAGCGUGGUUUCGGGAGUUUAUUUUAAGACUGCUAGGAAGGAAACAGGCCCCAUUUUGUAUAUAGUUGCAACUUAAACUUUUUGGCUUGCAAAAUAUUUUUGUAAUAAAGAUUUCUGGGUAACAACGA